AUGGCCCUACUACGCAACGUCACUCGGUGCAUGGAGAAGAUUGCGCCCCUGAAGAUCGCAGAACACGCGUGGGACAAUGUCGGUCUCCUGAUCGAAGCGCCCUUCCCGCGCCCCGGCCGCACCGUCUUCCUCACUAUCGACCUGACCCAUCCCGUCCUCUCCGAAGCCCUCGCAAACCCCGACAUCGGGGUCAUCGUCUCCUACCACCCGCCGCUGUUCAAGUCCUUCAACCGGCUGACGCUGAAGGAUGAGAAGCAGAGCAUCGCGUUGAAGUGUGCGGCGUCGGGUGUGAGCGUGUAUGCGCCGCAUACGUCGUUGGAUAACUGUGUGGAGGGGAUUAAUGAUUGGUUGGCGAGGGGGUUGGGGGAGGGAGAGACGAGGGUUAUUAAUGAGAUGGAGGGGCCGCCGGAAGGUCAGGAGGGAUGUGGAUCCGGACGGAUUCACACACUAAAGCAGCCUAUCCCCCUUAAGACUCUUGUUGAGCGGGUCAAGAAACAUCUCGGGUUGGCCCAUGUCCGCCUCGCGACCGCGCCAGGUCAAGAAUCCAAAGAUGUCGCAACGGUCGCCAUCUGCGCCGGGUCGGGGGCAAGCAUCUUGGGCGGAGUGAAAGCUGACGUUUACUUCACCGGAGAAAUGUCGCAUCAUGAAGUGCUUGCCGCUUUAGCCGAUAACACCAACGUCAUUCUCUGCGAGCAUACGAACACAGAACGAGGCUUCCUCUCCAACGUUCUACAGCCCCGACUGCAGAAGCUUCUCCGCGAGGAAGACGAGGGCGCGGUGGUGGUCUGCAGUAAGGUGGAUAAGGAUCCGCUUGUUGUUGUUUGA